CCAGCUGACCGUGCUACAGAUCGAAACGCGCCACCUGCAGCUGCUUGCGCCGCAUCAGUGCCUGUUGCACAACUGCAGACCCUCAAAUUGUGCCAGGCCGAGCCAUUCUUCUCAUGGAAAUCUUUUUCAAGUAGCAACAACGGCAGCAAGAAAAACAGCAGCAGCACAUCAGUAACAGUAGCAGUGGCAAUAUCGGGCAAGGCGAUAAAGGAGGCAUACUCGAGUUUACAUCACUUACCACGCUGAGCAUCGACUUUGCCAAGACAACGUGGCCAACGAUAUGCACCGACACGACGCAAUGAGAAGCGGAAAAAACCUGCGGGUCACCAUGGGCACGGACACACGGCGAAUUUUAUUUCCCAAGCUCUGCACGCUGUCCGUCCGCCGCGUGCCCUACACAUACACCGACGCCUGGUCAAUGUUCCUCGACUCACCGCUGAAAAGCAUGUAUGUGGCUGGAAAGCAUGCCCACGUACGGUAUAUAGAUCUGCGUCUCUUGGCCAAUCUCAACACGCUGGAUAUUCACCUGUACUUGACCGAACGCGCCCAAGGCAGAUUCACUGCCUUUGUCAAAACAAUGCUCACUGCGGAAUCAAUGGUUCAAAGCGCAUGGCUGCGGCACUCGGGGACAUUCCCGGUUUCAGUGCCGGAUGUAUUGGGCUGGCAGAACGUCCGCGAGCUCAAUGUCACCGCGUACGUGCCGCCAAUAACAUUGCUGACGCUUGUUUCGCAGAUGCCGCGGCUCAGCCGGCUCAUCGUCCAGCGCAUCGCCUGUGAUGCCAGCGAGACUGUGCUCGAGGAAACUACGUUUGUGGAACUUGGGUACUUGAAACCCAAAUACAUUGGCAGCAGUAGGUGUGUGAGUUGCAGCUGCAUAUGGUUGGGGAUGGGCUGCACAGCUCGACGCUGCAGAGUAUUUGUUAUAUGCUUUUGAGCAUGCCGCGCGUGCAUAGGCUGGCGGUUAAGCAUGGAUAUUGGCCCUGGAUUCGCAAGUUUGGCCAGAUGCAUUUGGAGUCGAACCCUGGGAUUGCUGAGAUAGAGCUGGUUCACCAUAUAUCAAUGCAGGCCAAAUCCGCCAUGAAUUUCUGAGUAUCUUUUUUAUCAGUUAUCCACCUCAGCAUAAUUUAUUGUCGUUAAUUUGGGUCGAAAAUCACGAUAAAACAAAUGAGGGGAGAGGUCAUUGAUGACAACAAGAGCAUGUUUUUGGA